CUCGUGGAGCUGCUUCCGGGUUUGCCCCAGCGCGUGGGGCCCCUGCGAGAGACGCGAAACCCCCCGGCCCGAGACCCCGCCGCCCCCUCCUCCUCCCCGGGCCGCGACCCGCCGAGCCCGGCCUCAGCAUGGUGAAGCCCCGUUACAAGGGCCGGAGCAGCAUCAACCCGUCCCGCGCCAGCACCAACCCCGAUCGGGUGCUGGGCGCCGGGGGGCACAAUGUGCGGGACCGGGCGACCAUCCGGCGGCUGAACAUGUACCGGCAGAAGGAGCGCAGAAACAAUCGUGGUAAAGUGAUUAGGCCUCUGCAGUACCAGUCCACCGUGGCACCAGGCACAGUGGCAAGAGUGGAACCAAAUAUUAAAUGGUUUGGAAAUACUCGUGUGAUCAAGCAGUCAUCUCUGCAGAAAUUCCAAGAGGAAAUGGAGACUGUUAUGAAGGAUCCAUACAAAGUGGUCAUGAAGCAAAGCAAGCUGCCGAUGUCCCUUCUCCAUGAUCGAAUUAGACCUCAUAAUUCCAAAGUCCACAUUCUUGACACAGAAACUUUUGAAACAACUUUUGGCCCCAAAUCGCAAAGGAAAAGACCAAAUCUUUCUGCGAGUGAUGUGCAGUCUCUUCUGGAGAACGCUGAGGCCUCCGCAGGGACCUAUGACCAGGGCAAGGACCGAGACCUGGUGAUGGAAGAUACUGGAGUGAGGGAUGAAGCACGAGAGGAGAUCUACAAGAAAGGACAGUCCAAAAGAAUCUGGGGUGAGCUUUACAAAGUGAUUGAUUCGUCUGACGUUAUUGUGCAAGUUCUUGAUGCUAGAGAUCCUGUCGGGACUCGUUCCCCACAUGUCGAAUCUUACCUCAAAAAGGAGAAACCGUGGAAACAUCUCAUUUUCGUCCUGAACAAAUGUGACCUUGUCCCUACUUGGGCCACCAAACGCUGGGUUGCAGUCCUCUCCCAGGAUUAUCCGACACUUGCUUUCCACGCCAGUCUCACAAAUCCCUUUGGCAAAGGAGCCUUCAUACAGCUGUUACGGCAGUUCGGAAAGUUGCACACAGACAAGAAACAGAUCAGCGUGGGCUUCAUUGGCUAUCCAAACGUUGGCAAGAGCUCAGUGAUUAAUACGUUACGAUCCAAGAAGGUCUGCAACGUGGCCCCCAUUGCCGGUGAAACAAAGGUCUGGCAGUACAUCACCUUGAUGCGGCGGAUCUUUCUCAUUGACUGCCCAGGUGUAGUUUAUCCAUCGGAGGAUACAGAAACUGACAUUGUGCUGAAGGGAGUGGUCCAAGUUGAAAAAAUAAAGAGCCCUGAAGACCAUAUCAGUGCAGUGCUCGAAAGAGCGAAGCCAGAGUACAUCAGCAAGACAUACAAAAUUGAUACCUGGAAAAAUGCAGAGGAUUUCCUUGAGAAGCUAGCCUUCCGGACUGGAAAACUGUUAAAGGGUGGAGAACCUGACAUGCAGACUGUGAGCAAAAUGGUCCUCAAUGACUGGCAGAGGGGCCGUAUACCAUUCUUCGUUAAACCACCGAAUGCAGAGCCAGGCCCUCAGCCCUCAUCUUCUUUAGAAGUAGCUGCAGUGCCAAGCCAAGCUGACAGUGAUGAGCAGAGCUCAGAGGCUGUAGCUUCGAACACGGAAUUGGUAGAGGAAGGGGAGAACAAAGCGAACGCAGAAAUGAAGCAACUCAUGUCUCACGUCCGGCAGAACUUUGGGAAGAUUAAUGUGGCAACUCCUUUCUUGGAAGAAGACCUGGUUCCUGUAGAUAUGUCAGAUAUUGACAAGAUGGACAGCGAUCCUUCUGGAGGAGAGGAGGAGGAAGAGGAAGAGGAAGAAGAACAGCAGCAAAACUUAGCUGAGGAUGACUCCAACUCCCAUAGAGAAGCUGCCAGGGAGGGCUCCAAGGCAGUUAUUAAGGUUUUGGAGGAAAAGAUUGCAAAAUACAAAAAAUUCCUGGACAAAGCCAAAGCCAAGAGAUUCUCAGCAAUAAGAAUCCCCAGAGGGCUCAGUGAAAAGGUAUUCACAACAUCGGAGCAGAAGUCUGAAGAAACCAAAGAACCAGAGGCCAGAGGGUGCACCAAAAAGGGAAAGAAAAGGAAAGCACAAGAGGAGGAGGAGGAGGAGGAGGAUGCCCUUCAGGGUAAAAAGCCGUGCAAGAAGCUCACAUCCAAAGAAAGGAGAAGAGCUGAGAGGCAGCAGCACACCAAGAAAGUUGGGGUCCGAUACUAUGAAACUCACAAUGUGAAAAAUAAGAACCGGAACAAGAAAAAAAGUGACUCGGAGGGACAGAGAUCAAAACACAAGAAAUUUAAACAUAAGCAAUAACUGGGGCUUUUAUUAAAUUUAACAUAAACCAG